CCAUGGUGCGCAUUGCGCGAAGCGGCGUAGGGUUUAUCGGCCGUUGGGAAGUUUCUCUGGCUCGGUUUAGCUUUAUCAUUGAAACCAUCGACGUAGACUACUACGGCGGGCAAGGUUUCAAAGUAAGUGGCGAUAGUUCAGCGAAACGCGAAAAUGUCUAUGCGCGAAGAUGGCACUGAAAUCACUGUGAUACGCCAUGGAAUGUCACAUUUGCAAAGGAUCGCGAGUGGAAUUGUGGAGUUAGACUGUCUGCUUUCGAUGUGGAGUCUAUAGCUGGAAUUGUGCGCCCAGUGAGUGAAUGAAUGUGACUUAACUCGCUGGAGAAGAACUGAAGCCCGCGUGAAUACGCGGCUAUUAUUUUUAGCAACCAAACUUUCUUUCUUUUCUGCCCUACUGGCGACGUCAAAAUACUUCGACGGCGGGUGCUGCUUCACAUUAGCACAACAGCUGCUUCGAAGUGUGAAGUACUUUCUUGUGCUUGACCGAUAAGUGCAAACUCCCUCCCUUGAAUUAAAGGGAGAGUUCUCAGAAACAAAGGACAUAGAUGGCAACGAUGGGCAGCCUAAGCUAUUAGAACAUUGAAGAAUGAAUUUACAGAUUGGAGCUAUCGGCUUAAUUAUGCUGGUUCUCUCUAUGGGUCCGGAAAGCCGAACGAUGAAAAGUUGCCCCAUGUGCAGCAAAUUGACGUGGAGUUUGGGUGGAGAAACCGUUCUCGCACAUGAAACUGUCGCUGUUUCCCACGUCGACAGCUUUGGCCGUGUCAACUAGUGCCAAUUACGAUGGUUUUGAUCGACAGGCUUCCGAAGCACGAGCUUCUCUCGCCGACGCUUUAUACGGUGCUCAAUGACACUUCAUCGACGGUGGUGUUGGACGCUAGUGGCGCAACGCCGGCGCUUCCAGAAGAGUUGACGUUCACGCGCAAGUCGCUGGUUCAGGUGAUCGUGUACGUGCUGCUGUUUGUGGCCGCAGCAGCCGGAAACGUGCCUGUCUUCUUGAGUCUGCUUGGCAAACGGGCGCGGAAGUCUCGCAUCAAGCUGAUGAUGAUGCACCUGGCAGUGGCUGACCUGAUCGUCACCUUCGUCAUGAUUCCUCUCGAGGUAGCCUGGCGCCUCACGGUGCGCUGGGUGGCGGGCAACGCUAUGUGCAAGAUCAUGCAGGUUCUUCGCGCGUUCGGCCCGUACCUGUCGUCCAUGGUGCUGGUGUGCAUCAGCGCGGACCGGUACUUCGCCGUGCUGCACCCGCUGAGGGUGCACGACGCCCGCAGGCGAGGAAAGUUCAUGCUGGCCGCGGCAUGGUACAUCAGCCUGGCGUGCAGCCUGCCGCAGGCGCUCAUCUUCCGCGUCAUGGAGCACCCUGAAGUUCAGGGCUUCUGGCAGUGCGUCACCUUCUCGUCGUUCCCAUCGCCCGUUCAUGAGACGCUGUACAACCUCUUCUGCCUGCUUGUACUCUACGGCAUCCCCUUUGGCGCCAUCAUUGUCUCGUAUAGUCGAAUCCUGUGGGAAAUACAUCGCCAAGCGAAGGACUCGCACGCCCAGGAACCGGGUGCGGCGGACGCGGCGCCCUGCGCGCGCUUGAGGCUCCGGUGCUCGGACAUGCGGCGCAUGCAGCGCGCCCAGUACCGCACCCUGCGCCUGACCGUGGUCAUCGUGCUGGCCUUCUUCUUCUGCUGGACACCGUACGUAGUGAUGGUGCUGUGGUACCAGCUGGACGCCGAGAGCGCCAAGCACGUCGACGACUACCUCCAGUCGUCGCUCUUCAUGUUCGCCGUGUCCAACUCGUGCGUGAACCCGCUCGUCUACGGCAGCUACACGGGGCGCCUGAACAUUGGACGUUGCUUCUCGUCCCGCUGCUACCCGGCCGACGUGGUCCCGGGCCGGGACGAUCAUCAUCGGCGCUUCUCGUGGUCACUGAGGCAGUUCUCCAAGCUCACGCUGCAUUCCUGGGCCCCGAGGACUGUGGCCGCCGCCGCCGCCACCGCUGCCGCUGUUGACCCCGAGGCCGAGUACGGCGCUCUGCAGAGGCAGUGCUGCCCGCUGCGCGUUGCCGACGCAAACGACAUGUGCGUGUUCAGUGUGGACGUUUUGUGCGUGCACGCUAAGCGAGCGCCUGAAGCCCGCUCGGCGCAGGUUAACGGCGCGAGUUGUGUAGCGUCUGGCUACAACACACCGCUCAGGAAGAACCACAGCCUAUGAGGGAAGGGCGUGACUUUGUUGGCUUCUUGGAGCCAUGACCGGCAAUGAAUGUUCUGGUUUCGACCAAUUAGCUCCUAGAUUGAAGUAAAAUUGCGAAACGUCCAGCCUCUUUGCUCACGAAGAUUGAACCAAUCGGGGCGGGGGGAGGGGGGGGGGGGAGAAGGUGGUGUAGUAUGUCACGUGCGUGCAAUCGCGCAGCCUUUCUCUCAUGGUGAUUUGAGAAUGGGAGUAAAAAAAUUAUUAUCUCGCCAAAAAUCUGUUUACGGGAUAUACCCACACACAACAAUAGACACAUAGAGAAAACUGGGUAAAGUGCCUCCACGCUUCUAAUUAAGAAAAAAAUGACAUAAAAUGUCAAAUAAUUGAAAUUCGGAAAUAAUCCCACACACUAACAAAGGAGGCUGGGUGAUUUUCCAUUCACAUGGGCUCCAAGCAGACAGAGAAAUGACAAAGUGGGCUCUUGCUAGGUCUGACUAUUCAACAUCUUGGUGCCUACCAAGGAUUGGUUCACGUCCGGCUAAGGUGCGUACGUGUGAAAAUAAUAAUAAAACGGCAUUUUUAGCAUUUAGGGCAAUUUCAAAUUUUAUUACGAACAUUGCCAGCACUGACUGAGGCUACUGAAUGGAUGUCCGCAGUAUUUGAAAUAUUGUGCUUCAUCUUUGAAGAUACAUUUAGGUAGUUUG